AUGGAACCAAACUCUCUGAGGACUAAAGUCCCAGCUUUCUUAUCUGAUUUGGGGAAGGCCACAUUGAGGGGAAUAAGAAAGUGUCCCCGAUGUGGCACAUACAAUGGAACCCGAGGACUGAGCUGUAAAAACAAGACGUGUGGAACUAUAUUCCGCUAUGGUGCACGGAAGCAGCCUAGUGUGGAAGCUGUCAAAAUCAUAACAGGCUCUGAUCUGCAGGUCUACUCAGUGCGGCAAAGAGACCGGGGCCCCGACUACAGAUGCUUUGUAGAGCUAGGUGUUUCAGAGACGACAAUCCAAACAGUAGAUGGGACGAUCAUCACUCAGCUGAGCUCUGGACGAUGCUAUGUCCCCUCCUGCCUGAAAGCUGCCACCCAGGGUGUUGUGGAAAACCAGUGCCAGCACAUCAAGUUGGCAAUAAACUGUCAGGCAGAGGCCACCCCUCUGACUCUGAAGAGCUCUGUCCUGAAUGCAAUGCAGGCCUCCUCAGAAACCAAGCAAACCAUCUGGCAGUUGGCCACAGAACCCACAGGUCCGCUCGUCCAGAGAAUUACUAAAAACAUUUUGGUGGUGAAAUGCAAGGCGAGCCAGAAGCAUAGUUUGGGGUACUUGCAUACAUCCUUUGUGCAGAAAAUCAAUGCCAAAAGCUUGCCUGAACGCCGUUUCUUCUGUUCCUGCCAGACUCUGAAGUCGCACAAGUCGAAUGCCUCCAAGGAUGAGGCAGCACAGAGAUGCAUUCAUUUCUUUGCUUGCAUCUGUGCCUUUGCCAGUGAUGAGACAUUGGCUCAGGAAUUCUCAGACUUCCUAAAUUUUGAUUCCAGCGGUCUUAAAGAGAUUAUUGUGCCCCAGUUGGAUUGCCAUUCAGAAUCAACAGUAUCAGCUUGUGAGUCUACUCCAUCUAAAGUGAAGAAGAGGAAAAAGGAUGAAGUACCCAGUGCACAGACGAACAGUUCACUGUUGCCUCAGGAUGCACUGAGCAGUAAUCUAAGGAAAAGUGGCCUGAAAAAGCCUGUGGUUGCUUCUUCAUUAAAAAGGCAGGCCUGCAGUCAGCUGUUAGAUGAGGCACAAGUGACCUUAUCCUUCCAAGACUGGCUGGCCAGUGUCACAGAACGCAUCCAUCAAACCAUGCACUAUCAAUUUGAUGGCAAACCAGAGCCACUAGUGUUCCACAUUCCUCAGUCUUUUUUUGAUGCCCUACAACAGAGAAUAUCUAUUGGAAGUACAAAAAAAAGGCUUCCCAACUCCACUACAGCUUUUGUUCGAAAAGAUGCCCUGCCAUUGGGAACCUUUUCCAAGUAUACCUGGCAUAUCACGAAUAUCCUGCAAGUUAAACAAAUCUUAGAUACCCCUGAGAUGCCCUUGGAAAUUACCCGAAGUUUUAUCCAGAACCGGGAUGGGACGUAUGAGCUGUUUAAAUGCCCUAAAGUGGAAGUAGAGAGCAUAGCAGAAACCUAUGGCCGUAUAGAAAAACAACCAGUGCUGCGACCCUUGGAACUAAAAACUUUUCUCAAAGUUGGCAACACUUCCCCAGAUCAAAAGGAGCCAACCCCUUUCAUCAUUGAAUGGAUCCCAGAUAUCCUUCCCCAGUCCAAGAUUGGCGAGCUGCGGAUCAAGUUUGAGUACGGUCACCACCGGAAUGGGCAUGUGGCAGAGUACCAAGACCAGCGCCCCCCUCUGGACCAGCCCUUGGAACUGGCCCCUCUGACCACUAUCACUUUCCCUUGA